CAGUCCACCGACACCAUGACCCACCUCAGACUCAGCAUCACACUGUUGCUGCCGCUCACCUGGCUGCUGGCGGCUGCAGACAUUUCCUCAGACAUCGUGGCCACCUGCCAGGAUGAAGUCCAGCAGCUCACCUGUGCCGGCGGCGGCGUCAUCUGGGUGCAGGCGGCUCUGUAUGGACGCUCGGACUCAGAAACCUGCAGCGAGGGGACACGACCGGAGCAGCUCAGAGACACCAGCUGCUCGCUGCCGGGAACCGACAGCCUGGUCGGGAAAAGGUGCAACGGGAAGCGAACGUGCCAGCUGAGCUCCAGUCUGCUCCACAAGUCUGAGCCCUGCGUCGGCACCUUCAAGUACCUGCAGACCAACUACACCUGUUUACCUGCCAUUCACCUGAUUCUGUGUGAACAUUCUGAGACUCACCUGCACUGUGCUGAAGGUCAGGUGAUCUCCGUGGUCGGAGCAGACUACGGACGCCGCGACCGGACCACGUGUUCCUACAAACGUCCGGCCUCUUGGUUCCACAACGACGACUGUUGGGCUCCAACCAGCAAAGUGGCCGAAAGCUGCAACGGAAGGAGCAGCUGCAGGAUCCGAGCCAGUAACUCAAUGUUUGGAGAUCCUUGUCCUGGGACGUACAAAUACCUGGAGGUGUCCUACGUCUGCCAGAAGUCGGUGUAGACGUCACAAUAAGAAGAA